GGGAGUAUGACUUGCACCGAGCGGUUGUGCAGUAUAAAACGCGGCCAGUACUACUUACCUGCUCCUCCUUAGACACUGCAUGAUGACGAGCAAAGCAAUGAAACCCCGUCAGGCCACCGCAAUCCCCCAGUUCACCUCAAAAGAUUACUCUUCCUUCUUCCUCGCAGGAGCAUUAUGCGCCACGAUCACCCACGGUGCAAUGACGCCUAUCGACGUCGUAAAGACGCGAAUUCAAAUUGAUCCCGCAUACAAGAAGCUGAACAUGUUGACCGGAACGCGUUAUGUUAUCGCGACAGAAGGUCCCAGAGCUCUCCUCACAGGUUUCGGCCCAACUGCACUCGGUUAUCUUAUACAAGGAGGCGCAAAAUUCGCUGGUUACGAGUACUGGAAGAAAAAAGCGGUCGAGUCUGUAGGUGACCCGGAGGCGGCAGUGAAGUAUCGAACGGCAAUCUACCUUGGAUCAGCCAGUAUUGCUGAGUUUUUUGCAGAUAUCUUCCUGACACCUUUAGAAGCCACCCGGAUCCGUCUCGUGUCAGACAGAACUUACGCAACUGGACUUGUCACAGGCUUCACUCGUCUGGCGCGUGAAGGUGGCAUGCGUGAGCUUUACGCAGGCUUUGUCCCGAUUCUCUGCAAACAGAUACCCUACGCUAUCGGGCAAUUUACGGUGAAUGAAUUCUGUCACGAGAUAGCUUUUCGAUCAAUGUCCGAAGAGACCCGUCGCACACUUUCCGGUACCAGCAAAUUCACAAUACAGCUCGGUAGCGGCAUUAUCGCAGGUUUCGCAGCAGCCAUUCUAAGUCAUCCAGCGGAUACCCUACUGAGUCAGAUAAACAAGGGACACGGACCAAAGGGCUCCAUGCCGCAUCGACUCGCAGUACUCGCUCGUGAGGCUGGUUUCCGCGGCCUUUUCGCUGGUCUCGGACCUAGGAUGAUCAUGACCGCGGGCCUUGUGUCUGGGCAGUUCAUACUGUAUGGCGCAAUAAAAGAAGCUUUGGGUGCACCCCCUGGUAUAGAGAUACACAAAGAGACCAGUGCUGUCGUUUGAUAAGACACCGAGCUUCCCCAAGACUCGACUUAGAAGGCUUCCCUUGUAUUUUAUUGAGUCACAGAAAUCCUUACAGUGAUACCAUACACAUGGGUAGAACGCAAUCAUUUAUGUGGAGCUCCAGGACAGAGCAAUGAGUCAUGACAACAACAAUACUAGUAUCCCUU